GUCACUCAAGAGAACUAAAUAUAACUUUAGAAGUGUACCUGAACAAGUUCGAUGCGAACACAUGCAUUAUCAAGGUUAGAAUAUCCAGAAGGACACCGCCCUGGAGAAACAGGAAUUGGAAGUGCCACUGGCAUUGGAACUGGUGCUGGCAUUGGAAUUGGAGCUGGUGCUGGAAGUGGUACCGGCACCGGUUCUGGUAAUUGUGCCGGCAGUGGCAGUGCCGGAACCGCGUUGGGAUACCUCGAUGGAAAAGGCCAGUUGUAAUUUGGAUACGGUGGCUGUGACCAUGAGUAAUACGGAUAUUUCCGCUUACCUGAAAAACAGACAUCUGCAAUAA